AUGCCAACCCAUCAGGUCGGCCGCGAGCGCCGCCGCGCAGAGAGGCGUGCAAGGCGAGGACCAUCAACUCUCACUCAAGUAUCAACACCUCUCGCCUCGACUGUCAAGAUCAUGCUAUACCUUCUCGUAGCCUCCUUGCUAACUGCUGCCGCCAUCGCACUCCCGCAAGGUGGUGAGGUGGGUCAGUUGGACGAGUGUAUUGAAAACGAGCUGGCACCAGGUUUCUUCUGCGAGAACGGCGAGGCUAUUAUCGAUAUCAAUCAAGGCUACGUUAGCGUUGGAGAAGCGUAUGAUUCGGACACUAUCAACGACGCAUACGAUCUGAACACAGCCUACGGUAGAUACGCGUCAUCAACUAAUAUCACCUUUGCCAGCAGUGGUGACGCCAAUGUCGCUCAGAAUGACGGAUACAAAGCCGAAUUCUUUGUGGAAGGUUCUAAGCAGCACGUUGGCACCCUGCACAAGCAGCGUCUGUAUGACAACAUCUACGAAUGCCUCGACCAACUCUGUCCGGUCGCACAGCCUGAAUGCAGAAAUGGCUUCAACUUUAAUGGAAGAUCCAAAUGCCGAAUCAACAACAUUCUAUACCGCGAUCCUAAGACGGAUAAGCUUGCUACUGAUGGGUCUCUCUUUGUCUCUAUCCAAUCUUUGCACAUGGAUGACGAACCUGAGCAUGCUGACCUCAAACGCGCAAUGUUCGAGAUGGCCGCAGGCAUGUACGCCGUCAUGACUGAGCAGUACGACAAUUGCUACCAUUUUGAUGCACCAGGAACCCGUACGUCAACAUUCUGCAACAUCUCACCCUAUGUGCUUGUUGCCUUUCCCACCAACACGGGCGUCAAUAUCCCCUACAUUGCGAUGACAGUUGAAUUCGACAAGAAAACCAUCUAUCAUGGACUCAACUGUCAAGCUUACGCGGCGCCAAUCGCGGAGUUUUUCGAUCGUGCUUGCAAGCGGGAUUUCGCUGAUGCAUAUGGUCUGUGGUCUACCGAUAUUACGGCCAAUGUGUCUUCUUGUUGGAUGACUCCAGCAUGCUAUCGUCCGAGUGCUCUUGGCUGUUAUCCUUUCAAUGACCACAAUUGA